GACGGACCAAUACCAAAUCACUAUACACUUCCUCUAUAAGUGCACUAUAUAAAGUUUAAUAGUUUGCGCGGACAUUUUCACACUAAUUUACUCGAUCAUAUAUAAACCUACAGCGCGGUGUUAUAGCAUUUUUAUUCUUUUGCAAAUACAGGGGAGUGUUUUUCUAUUUCGUGAAGUGCACCUAUGUAGAGAAGAAGUAAGAUUUUGAGAUACAGCCCGGGGGAAGUCUGAUUGACUGGGAGAAGCUCAGCAGAGAGAAAGCCACCGUGUAAACACACCGGGUUCACGGUUCAACUUUUUUCCCCCCAGAGCAGCUUCAAGGGAGGAAAUGGCGUCCCGGUCCGUGUCCUCUUCCCCUGACUCGGCGACAGGAUGGGGAUCCGACUCGGGGAGGCCUGAGCCGGGUGAGGAGCGCAGUGUGGAGUCCGGUAGCGGCUCGGGGAUGGAAGGAGAAGAGCUCGAGCGCGAGUUUGAGUGCGCCGCAGAGAGAGUGCGCGAGCUCGUGCAGACCGCGAGCAGGGAUGAGCUUCUUUAUCUGUACGCCAGGUACAAACAGGCCACUGUGGGGAAAUGCAACACACCCAAGCCGGGGUUCUUUGAUUUCGAGGGUCAGAGGAAGUGGGGAGCAUGGAAGCAGUUGGGUGAUAUGAGUAAGGAGCAGGCCAUGCAGGAGUACAUUUCAUCUGUUCACACACUCGAUCCAGAUGGAUUUAAGGGUUCGUCCGAAAGAAGGAGAGGAGAGCGCAGGACAGCAUUCGGUGGCGCAGCAGUGAGCUGUUUGUACCAGCAAGAGACGAUCAGGGAGGAGGAUAAGAACAUAUUUGACUACUGCAGAGAGAACAACAUUGAGCAAGUUCGCUCGGCCCUUAGCACCCGCAAUGUCGACGUCAACACCAAGGAUGAGGAGGGUCGAGCGCUGCUACACUGGGCAUGUGACCGAGGACACAAAGAACUUGUGACUUUCUUACUGAACAACAAUGCCAACAUUAACAGCCAGGACAAUGAAGGUCAGACUCCUCUGCAUUAUGCGUCUGCGUGUGAGUUUGGGGAGAUAGUGAAGCUCCUCCUGCAGAGCGGUGCUGAUCCCUCCAUUAAAGACGGAGAAGGUUCUCUCCCCGAGGAAGUGACAGAGUCCAGUUCAAUCUCGUCUCUCCUCCGACAGUACAGCGCUCCCAAAGGAUAAAACACACACUCUCUCUCUCUCCCACACACACACACACACACACACACACACACACACACACACACACACACACACUCUCUCUCUCUCUAUAUAUAUAUUUUUUCCUUCACCUGUAUCACUUCACCUUUAUUACUUCCUUUCUCAGUCUCUGUUGUAAUGAGGACAGAGCUGAACCUGCUGUGUUUCUCGAGACAGUAUGUGGGUUAGGGUUUAGGGUUUAGAGUUUAGGCAACAAGUUGAGGGUAUCAGUAGGAAUCUGUGUUUGUGCUUUGUCCAAAUAUUCCACUGUGAGUUCAGUCCUUAAAGCUAUGAUUCUUUAUUGAACAGGGUUUAAGGGAUUUCGAGUUAACAGUUUUCAGGGUUGGGGUGUAGGAGUUCAUAAAUUUAGGUCAAUUUGCUAAUCUGUAAACCCUCAAAUUUAACAAAUAAACACCUAAAUUGCUAAUCCCUAAACCCUAAUCCCCAAUUCUAACACUCAUUCGUUGAUGCAGAAUAAACAACAAUGAGCUGACUUAUCUUUACACCUGCCAUAUGUAGUGAACUUACUGCUAAGUGUGACACACACACACACACACACACAUACACACACACACAAACGGUUUUAUUUAAAAACAACAAAGGUUAUACAGUGUUAUUGUUCUAUUAAAAUUGCUGAAUAAUAAAA